CACAACGAAACAAUCGAGCUUACAUAUGAUACCUACCUUGAUGCCUUCUCCCGCUCGCCGGCAAUCCUUACCUACCCAAACCUAUCUGCACCGUGCUCCUUGACCUCUCUCUUCACCGACCCAUAUUUUUUAUACCCUACCACGUCUUCGAAUCCUCGGGAAUAGCGGGGCUGCCGGAGAGCAAAAGGAGAGCUUACAACACCUUCGCGACACCGAUCACUGAUGUUUGAUUUUGGCUGGCGAAAUAAAGGGACACUCACCACCCUACGGGAGAAAACACCUCCCUCGACGCCCCUCAGCUCCUCCGUUACACCUCCAGGGACAUCGCCUCCGCCCUCGGCCUCUCUCGAUGAUGCUGCAGCCAUCACCGCCUCCUCCACAUCUCGAAAACCACGAUGCCGCGACCCAUAUGUCAUCAUCGCCCAGUCCAGCACUCUCCUAGCAAUAAUCUUCCAGCUCAUCGUGUUCCUGGGGAACAUUCGCAACACCAAUGCGCUGACGGAUAUCUACUUCCUCAAGAUUGACGUCUCGCAGGUGAUACCGCGGAGCUACCCUAACGCCGUGCUUGUCAACUCGAUAGCACAGACUUUGGGACUGAGGGGGUUCUAUCAGGUUGGACUGUGGAAUUACUGCGAGGGGUAUCAGGGCGAGGGUGUUACGUAUUGUGGCAGUCCGAAGGCGCUGUAUAGCUUUGAUCCAGUGACUAUAUUGCUGUCACAGCUGCUGGAGGGGGCGACGAUUGCUAUUCCGGCGGAUAUAUCUGAUGCCCUCGACAUGGCCCGAAAAGCCAGUCACUGGAUGUUUGCCAGCUUCUUUGUAGGAAUAAGCUUUCUGCUGGUGUCGUUCCUCAUCGGCUGGCUCGGCCACCUUACCCGCCGCACCGCCUUCACAGUCACCUUGAUCUCCGUCAUCGCCGGCCUCUUCACCACCAUUGGCGCCGGUCUAUCGACGAUCCUCUACUCGCAGUUUCAGGGCGUAUUUGAGAGCAGUCCGGAAUUCAAUAUUCGCGCGAACAUGGGACAGCAGAUGUAUGCAUUUGUGUGGCUCGCGGCUGGCUUCGCGAUUUUGGCGGCGGUGGUGAAUGUGUGGGCUUGCUGGCGAGGGUGGAUCUGUAGGCGGUUAGCGUGGUGUCGGGGAAAGUGUGUGAGCGUACUUGGGAAAGCAAGGAGUAUGAGGAGGUAAUUUUGAGGGUACCGGAGGCUGUAGUCUGUUUGGUUGUGCAUAGAGUAGUCUGGUAAAUACCAAGUGUGUGAAUAGAACCCACCGAUCAGAUCC